GGUUGUAGCUGAAAAUGAUAUAUUUGAAACGGAUGAUUUACCAUUACGUGGUGAUAUUUUGGUUAAAUGUUUUCAACGUACGAAUACCACUGAACGUUCGCUAUUUUUUCGAUGCCAAUUUAAUACUUGCACAUUUGAUUUAUCAAUUCAUCAUGAAAAUAUCUUUAAAUUACGAUUUUAUCGCGAAGAAUUAGACAAUAUUUUAAUG